CGGCCGAGGCGCGGGCAGCGCGCUGAGCCCCGGCUGCGCCCAGGGACACCGCAAGGUUUGAAGGAUCCUGAGCGGGCAGAGCUCGGGCAGCGGGACGGACUCACGGGAAUCCUGAAGAGUUGCGGGGACAGGGACACCUUCCACUAUCCGUGGCUGCUGCAAGCUGGGCUUGGACACUCCCAGGGAUGGGGCAGCCACAUUUUCUCUGGGAAAGCUGCUCCAGUGCCUCAGCAUCCUCACCCUGAGCCAAAUUCCCUGUGUCUGGUCCCUGCUGUGUGUUGAGCUGCACAACCACUGCAAAUCAAAGCCUCCAAAGCCACAUUCACCAUCAUCUCCUUGUUCUUCUGCACCAAUAGCAGAGAUUAUGGAGUAGCAGGACAUGGAUUCUUCCAGGAAUAAAUGAGUUUUUCUCUGCCGGCCCCCAGCCUGUGAGCAGGAGGAGCAGCCUGCAGUGGGAUCCCUGCCCGGGCUCUCCACGCCCCACAAGAAGAGGAAGAGGCACAGACGGUUCCUUGGCCGUUGGUAAAAUGGGAAGCAGCGUCUCCCCAGCAGCCCGGCACGGGAAGCUCCAAUCCUCGCCUGGGGGGCAUCCCUGGGGGCUCUGCAGCUGGCAGGACACAGCCCUGUGCCACUGAGGGGUCGGGCUGGGGACAGCAUGUCCUGGCAGAGCCGCAGCACCCAGCUGCUGCUGAUCAACUCGCUGACCUUCGGGCUGGAGGUGUGCCUGGCCGCUGGCAUCACCUACGUGCCACCGCUGCUGCUGGAGGUGGGCGUGGAGGAGAAGUUCAUGACCAUGGUGUUGGGGAUAGGCCCCGUGCUCGGGCUGGUUUUUGUGCCUCUCAUCGGCUCGGCCAGCGACCACUGGCACAGCAGCUACGGCCGCAGGAGACCGUUCAUCUGGGCGCUGUGCCUGGGCGUGCUGCUCAGCCUUUUUGUCAUCCCCCACGCCAGCAGCCUGGCCGGCCUGUGUGCCCUCAACCCGCGGCCCCUGGAGAUCGCCUUCCUCAUCGUGGGCAUCGGCCUGCUGGAUUUCUGUGGCCAGGUGUGCUUCACCCCUCUGGAGGCCCUGCUCUCGGACCUCUUCCAGGAGCCGGACAACUGCCGCCAGGCCUUCUCCAUGUACGCCUUCAUGGUCAGCCUGGGGGGCUGCAUCGGGUACCUGCUGCCCGCCAUCGACUGGGCCUUCCUGGCGCCCUACCUGGGCAGCCAGCAGAGCUGCCUCUUCGCCCUGCUGGCCCUCAUCUUCCUCGCCUGUGUGCUGGCCACGCUGUUUGUGACAGAGGAGGCCGCGCAGGGGGAUCUGCUGGACACACCGGCGCUCAAGGACGUGUCCCCAAAGCCACCAAAGGCGUCCCUGUGGUGCUGCUGCUGCUGGCGGGCGGCGCGGGGGCCGUGCCUGCUGCAGGGCAGGCGGGUGCUGCAGGCCGGCAGGAAGCUGUGCCUGCUGCUGCCGCGGCUGCACGGCCUCUACUGCCGCAUCCCCAGGGUCAUCCGGCGGCUCUUCGUGGCCGAGCUGUGCAGCUGGAUGGCCCUGAUGACCUUCAUGCUGUUCUACACGGAUUUUGUGGGCGAGGGGCUGUACCACGGCGUGCCCAGGGCCAAGCCGGGCACGGAGGCCAGGCGGCACUACGAUGAAGGUGUGCGGAUGGGCAGCCUGGGGCUCUUCCUGCAGUGCAUCACCUCCAUCUUCUUCUCGACAAUCAUGGACAGGCUGGUGAAGCGCUUCGGCACGCGGGCGGUGUACCUGGCCAGCGUGGUGUUCUUCCCCGGGGCAGCCUGCGUCAUGUGCCUGUCCCACAGCGUCACCGUGGUCACCAUCUCCGCUGCCCUGACCGGCUUCACCUUCUCUGCCCUCCAGAUCCUGCCCUACACGCUGGCGUCCCUCUACCACCACGACAAACAGGUUUUUCUCCAUAAAUACAAGAGGAAAGAGGAGGAAGACUCCGCUCUGCUGGACAAGAAACCCUCCUUCUCCAAGGGGCUGCUCCCCAGCCAGAAGCUGUCCUACCAGAACGGCCACGCUGGGAUCCUCUUCUCCUCUUCCUCCCCCUCCUCCUCCUCCUCGCCAGCCUCCCCUCAGGCCGGGCCCAGCUCUGCUCUGUGCGUCAGCUCCUCCUGCGACGUCUCCCUGCGGAUCAUGGUGGGCGAGCCGGAGCCGGGGGCUCCCGGCCGGGGGAUCUGCCUGGACCUGGCCAUCCUGGACAGCGCCUUCCUGCUGUCCCAGGUGGUGCCCUCGCUCUUCAUGGGCUCCAUCGUGCAGCUCACCCAGUCUGUCACGGCCUACAUGGUGUCGGCCGCCGCCCUCGGCCUGGUCGCCAUCUACUUCGCUACCAAAGUUGUCUUUGACAAGGGUGACAUGGCCAGGCACUCUGUGUGACACAAACAGCUGUGU